GAAGAACAAUAUGAGGCGAAAUCGCAUCAGGCUUACAAUACUUGGGACAAAACUGCUGCAAGGACGAAACUGCCUCAAGGACAGAAUUGCCUCAAGGGCAAAACUGCCUCAAGGAGCACCGACUGGGUGGGAAACCGGAUUGCAACAACUGAUCAGCAAGAAGAAUUUUUGAAGCCUGCUACAACAAUGAUAACAAAGAAUUUCAUUGUG